AUGGAGACUCCACAAGGAGGAUCCGAGAGAGACAAAUCGAACCCGACUUCUUCUCCUGCCUCCGUCGUCUCCAAUUUCUGGAAAGACUUUGAGUUGGAGAGAGAGAAAAGUGUGUUGGAUGAGCAGGGGCUUAGAAUUGCCGAAAAUCAGGAGAACAGCCAGAAAAACCGAAGGAAGCUUGCCGAGAGCACUAGAGAUUUCAAAAAGGCUUCCUCGGAUGAAAAGUUAGGGUUGUUUAAUUCUUUGCUUAAAGGGUUCCAGGAAGAAGUAGAUAAUCUUACUAAGAGAGCGAAAUUUGGAGAAAAUGCUUUUCUUAAUAUCUAUCAGAAACUUUAUGAGGCUCCAGAUCCUUAUCCUUCUCUUGCUUCAAUUGCUGAGCAAGAUUUGAAAUUGUCUGAACUAGAAUCUGAGAACCGGAAGAUGAAAGUUGAGCUAGAGGAGUUCAGGACGGAAGCAGCUCACCUAAAGAAUCAGCAGGCAACAAUAAGAAGACUUGAAGAGCGCAACCGUCAGUUAGAGCAACAGAUGGAGGAAAAAGUGAAGGAAAUUGUGGAGAUUAAGCAACGUAGUUUGGCUGAAGAGAACCAGAAAACAUUAGAGGUUUUAAAAGAAAGGGAGCAAUCAUUGCAAGAUCAAUUACGACAAGCUAAAGAAAGUGUUGGAACUAUGCAGAAAUUACAUGAACUUGCACAAAGCCAAUUGUUUGAAGUUCGUGCUCAAUCAGAGGAAGAAAGGGCAGCAAAGCAAUCAGAGGUCAAUCUUCUGAUGGAUGAAGUGGAAAGGGCACAAACACGCCUGCUUAGUCUUGAGAGGGAGAAGGGUGUCCUACGCUCUCAAUUGCAAUCAGCUAAUGAAGAGACUGAAAAUAAGAAAGGUGACAAUUCAGAUUCAAAUAGCAUUUUUGAGAGCUCUUUGAAUGCCAAAGAGAAGAUUAUCUCUGAACUUAACAUGGAACUUCACAACAUUGAAACCACAUUGACAAAUGAGCGAGAACAACACAUUAAUGAGAUCAAAAAAUUGAAUACCUUACUUCAUGAGAAGGCGUCAAAUUAUUUGGGCUGGAGAUCUCCUGAGGAAGAAGGAAGAGCUAUUGUUACAUGGAGUUUGCACUUUAGUGAUUGUUUUGACAUGGCAUGGAUGGGUAAAUGCUCAGACACAGAGAGGGAAAGGGUAAGAGAGAGAUGGGGUAGAAUGAAGGAGAGCAUAAGGGAGAAACCAUCACUUGUGAGUCCUUCUAUUUUGGAAUUUUUGAUUAAGAGACUCCUCCUGGGAUUUGGAUAUGGACUGAUCAGCCAUUCAAAAGAGUUUGAAGAAGUUGCUCUCGAGGAGAUGAAGAAAGUGCUUCAAGCAAGGCCAACUGAAAAGUUAGUUGAUGAUUUGCGUAAAAAAGUGAAAAUUUUGCAGGUAGGUGAAGCCAUUAAUUUAGUUUGGCUAUAUUGGUUAAUAAUUUAUGCUGUUAUUGUCGGCCUGAGGCUUAUCAUAGAUAAGCUCCAGAGGUCUGAAUUUGCUAUUCAAUCCGAUGCUAGAGCUCUCCUCACUUUCUGUGCCCUUCACAAUGCUGUAGGUUACAAUUCCAUUGAGGCUGAAGAUUGGGAAGUAGCUACAAGUGGCGAAGAGAUGAGCAAAAUGGAGUCGCUUCUUCUCGAUAAAAACAGGAAAAUGGAACAUGAACUCACACAGUUGAAGGUCAAACUCUCUGAGAAAGUGACUUUGCUGGAAGCAGCUGAAGGCAAGAUAACAGAGCUUACUGGGAAGGUUAACGAACAACAAAAAUUGAUACAAAAGUUGGAAGAUGAUAUAUCAAAGGGUUAUAGCUCCAAAGAUCGGAAAGGCAGUCUAUUUGAAGGUUGGGAUCUUUCGGAAGCAGGGGGAGCUGAGUUAUCUGAGAAUUCAGAUCAGAAACAUGUUUCCUCAGAUCAAGAUCAGAGUUCAAUGCUCAAGGUGAUUUGCAAUCAGCGAGAUCGAUUUAGGGCACGUUUGCAGGAGACAGAAGAGGAGGUGAGGCAAUUGAAGGAGAAGAUAGGGGUGCUAACAGCAGAGUUGGAGAAAACAAAAGCUGAUAAUGUCAAGCUAUAUGGAAAAAUACGCUAUGUCCAGGAUUACAACCUUGAGAAAGUAGUUUCUAGGGGAUCAAAGAAGCAUGUGGAGGAUCUUGAAAGUGGCUUUACCUCAGAUUUUGAAUCUAAAUACAAGAAGAUAUAUGAAGAUGAUAUAAAUCCCUUUGCUGCUUUUUCAAAGAAGGAGCGGGAUCAAAGAUACAAGGAGUUGGGUUUCAGGGAUAGAAUCACACUUAGUAGUGGACGUUUCCUUCUGGCUACUGAUCCUUUUCCCCUUAUUGACACGGUGAUAAAACUUGAAUUUGCAGCUGGUACCAUUCGUAAUCCCGAUAUUGACAAGCUCAUCCUUUAUAUUUCACAAAAGAUCACUUGA